CCCGACUCCGCCUGGGCUGGUGGGGGGCGGGAGCCCGCGCGCCGCCGGGCCGCCCGAGUGCCACAUCACUGCGCCGCCCGCCGGCCUGCCCGCAGCCCACCAUGCCGUCCUCGCUGCCGCUGCUGCUCCUCACCCUGCUGGCCGCCGUCACCGCCCGGCCCGGGUGCGAGCCCGCCCGGGACCCCUCCGGCAGCUGCCGCCGGCCGCCAUCUGCAGACAGCGCCACAUGCGUGGACCUGCGGCUCAGGACGUGCGGUGACACCUCCUACAACCAGACGGCCUUUCCUACGCUGCUGGAACACCGGUCUCGGGAAGCGGUGGAGUCCAGCUCCGAGUACAUCCUGCUGAGCGUCCUGCACCACCUCCUGGAGGGCCAGUGCAACCCCGACCUGCGGCUGCUGGGCUGUGCCGUGCUGGCCCCCCGGUGCGAGGGUGGCCGUGUGCGCAGGCCUUGCCGGCACGUCUGCGAGGGCCUGCGGGAGGCCUGUCAGCCCGCCUUCGACGCCAUCGACAUGGCCUGGCCCUACUUCCUUGACUGCAGCCUCUACUUUGCACGCGAGGAGGAAGGAUGCUAUGACCCCCUGGAGGUGCUGCGGGGGAGCCUGGACACCGAGGAGGUGCUGCCCUCCGGCCUGCCGUCCACGUUCAUUCACUUCACCCACCACUCCUAUGCCCAGAUGGUGCGAGUGCUGAAGCGAACGGCAGCCCGCUGUGCCCACAUUGCCAAGACCUACAGCAUCGGGCGCAGCUUUAAUGGCAAGGAGCUGCUGGUCAUUGAGUUCUCGAGCCGCCCUGGCCAGCAUGAGCUGAUGGAACCCGAGGUGAAGCUCAUUGGCAACAUCCAUGGCAACGAGGUGGCGGGGCGGGAGGUGCUCAUCUACCUGGCCCAGUACCUGUGCUCCGAGUACCUGCUGGGCAGCCCCCGCGUCCAGCGUCUGCUCAACACCACCCGCAUCCACCUGCUGCCCUCCAUGAACCCCGAUGGCUACGAGGUGGCAGCCGCUGAGGGUGCUGGCUACAAUGGGUGGACCAGUGGGAGGCAGAAUGCGCAGAACCUGGACCUGAACCGCAACUUCCCUGACCUGACAUCCGAAUACUACCGUGUGGCCGCAUCACGUGGCGUGCGCAGUGACCACAUGGCCAUCCCACAGCACUACUGGUGGGGUAAGGUGGCCCCCGAGACGAAGGCGAUGAUGAAGUGGAUGCGGACCACCCCCUUCGUGCUCUCAGCCAGCCUCCACGGCGGCGACCUGGUGGUGUCCUACCCCUUUGACUUCUCCAAGCACCCGCAGGAGGAGAAGAUGUUCUCUCCCACACCUGACGAGAAGAUGUUCAAGCUCCUGGCCAGAGCCUAUGCCGACGUCCACCCCAUGAUGAUGGACAGGUCGGAGAACAGGUGUGGGGGCAACUUCCUGAAGCGGGGCAGCGUCAUCAAUGGGGCAGACUGGUACAGCUUCACAGGAGGCAUGUCCGACUUCAACUACCUGCACAGCAACUGCUUUGAGAUCACGGUGGAGCUGGGCUGCGUUAAGUUCCCCCCCGAGGAGGCCCUCUACACCAUCUGGCAGCACAACAAGGAGCCGCUUCUCAGCUUUGUGGAGAUGGUGCACCGGGGCAUCAAAGGCGUGGUGAUGGACAAAUUUGGCAAGCCGGUCAAAAACGCCCGGAUUGUGGUCAAGGGCAUCCGCCACGAUGUCACCACAGCCCCAGAUGGUGACUACUGGAGGCUGCUGCCCUCAGGGUCCCACAUUGUGAUUGCUCAGGCCCCUGGCUACUCUAAGGUCAUCAAGAAAGUCACCAUCCCUGACCGGAUGAGAAGGGCUGGCCGAGUGGACUUCAUCCUGCAACCUCUGGGCACCGGACCCAAGCAGGUCCUUCCUGGGUCACGGAGAAGUGGGCCUGGACUCCGAGACCCUCUGGGAGAUGCUGGCCUGCACGGAGAGCUGGGGGGGCCUGGCCAGGAGCCCCUUGGAGCGAGGAGGCAGCCCUCAGCUGGUGGGAGCAAGCCGUGGUGGUGGUCCUACUUCACGUCGCUGAGCCACCACAAGCCGCGCUGGCUGCUCAGGUACUAGGUGCCACUGUCCUGCCCGGACGUGGAGGCCCAGCCCACCUCUGCCCAGGGGCUCCUGGCUCUUGGUUCCAUCUUCCACAGACAUCCUAUAAAGCCAUAUCCGUGUUA